AUGGCCACAGAAGUAAUAAAUAACGUGCCUGAGAACACUGAGAAAGAAAAGGAGGCAAAAGAGGACGCGCCGGUAGACAAUGGACAAACUAAAGAAGAACCGCCGGCUGAAAAAGUAGAAGAAAAGACAGAGGAGAAGAAAGUGGAACCUGCCCCGCCCAAGAUCACGGUCCACAAAGCUAACUUUGAAAAGGAUAUCGUCUACUUGUAUCAAUUUUCACGAACUCCUUUGUUACCUUCAACUUCACCAUACUGCUUGAAAGUUGAAACAUGGCUUCGUUUGGCCGGCAUCAAAUACGAGAACGUAGACCACAAGGCAAAAUUCCGAUCUAAGAAGGGUCAGUUGCCAUUUGUAGAACUGAAUGGCGAAGAGAUUGCCGACAGCGCCUUCAUCAUCAAAGAGCUCUCUGAAAAAUUCAACAAAGAUCUUGAUGCGUCUCUGACGCCGGAGCAGCGGGUCGUGAGCCACGCUAUGAUCUCUAUGAUCGAGAACCAUCUGUCGUGGGUGGUGUUGUGGUGGCGUGCCAAGUACCCGGAUAGUGUAAUCAAGGGCUACCAAGUCAAUCUGCAGAACGCGCUCAACACCCGCCUGCCAAACCCGAUCCUGAACUUCUGCUACAAGUUGGCGGCUGCCCGGAAGGGCAUGAAAAAAGCUAAGGCUCAUGGCAUCGGCGUGCACUCACAAGAAGAAAUUCUUGAAUUCGGCAAGAAUGAUCUACGAGUACUUUCUGAUUUGCUGUCAGAUAAACCUUUCUUUUUCGGAGAUGAACCAACUAUUUUGGAUGUGGUUGCGUUCGCCAACCUCGCACAAGUCCACUUCAUCGACAAAGAAGUGGCCCAUCCGCUGCGAGACGCCAUGAAUGAGCUGUUCCCAAACCUCGUGGGCCUGGUGUCGCGUAUCAAGGAGCGCGCCUUUAACGACUGGGAUGACAUCUGCUCCACCCUCGAUCUCAACGCGCACCUGCCCAAGCCCGCCAAGGAAGUCAAGGAGACUAAGGAAGGCACCGGCCCUGCUGAGAAGCAGCCACUACCUGAUGAGCCGGAGAAGGGCAAGGGCGAUGAAAAGGAAAAAGAAGUAGAAAAGGAAUCCGAUGAGAAAGGCAAGGAGAAAGACAAUGAGAAAGAAAAGUAA